CCCCUCUUCUUUCUGUGUUCACCUUUUUCCCUUUUUACUCCAUUUUUAUCCAAAAACAAAUAUAAAGAAUAAAAAAGUCCAAGCUAGCCUAUUCGUGAAUCCUUUUCUACAAUUGGCUCUCUUUAACGCGCAGAGAGAGCGCCAUGCUGCAACACGAAUCACCUCUUCCAGCAAGCACACUGUCCGUUGACCAUGUUUCGCUGGAACAAGCAUUGACCCAAGUAUCGCUACUGGACGACAGGGACUAUCUAUCACCACAUUCUCAACUCAAUGCAUCACCUGCCAGCCUUUCCAAUACGACACCGCCAACGGUACCCUAAUGUCAUUCCCUUCGCAAUCGCAAGAAACCCAACCUUUGGAAUCACAAAAGGAACGUGAGACAAGGUCGACUACGCUGACUUUAAAAGAGCAGGAAAAGGUCAUUGAUAGUCUUAAAAAGGAGAACUUUGGUCUAAAGCUAAAAAUCUGGUUCUUGGAGAGACGGCUGGAGGAGGUUUCGCCCGAUCACAUCGACAAUGCGUUGAAAGAGAAAGUAAUUUUGGACUUGCAUUCGGCUAUGGAUAUCCUGCAAAAUCAAAAAUGCACACUUCCUCACGGCAUGACAGAAGAAGAGCAUCUACAAUACGAUACCAUGAAGAUGGCCAACCAGAAAUACCGUAGCGAAAAUGAUCGAUUACAUCAGAUGGUGGCAAAUAUAUCGGCAGAAAAUGCUAAACUACGUUCCUCUAUUCGUUCGCAACACCCAUCACGCACCACCAGCCCAUUUUCGGAUUUUCAUGACGACUCUGACCCCUGGACCAACAAAACCUCCCUUCGGUCAUCCCAGGUAGAUUUGCUUCGCAAAGAGUACUAUGAGGCGAAACAAACAAUUGAAGAGCAAAACCGGACCAUACGAUCCUUACGAGAAGAGAUGAUGCAACGUCAUUCCCGAUCUAUUGAAUAUGGUUCCAACGAUCACGAAAUUGUCAAAUCCAUUCUCUCCGACAGAGAUGCACUGGUAUCCAAAUCUGAACAAUUGCAGAAAUCCAAUAACGACCUGCAAGAGAAUAGGGAUAUUGAAAAGUUGCGCAAUAAUAUGGAUGAUCUUUUGCAAUCGUUACGUGAAUCCAAGAAACUAGUUCGCAUAAAAACCGAAGAAUGCGAAUCUUUGCAGCAGCAGUUGGCAACGCAAAAUCAGUCACCCGAAUCGGAAGGAUUACUCGAUAUGCUGGACCAGUUGAGGAUCGAAAAUGAAUCGCUCUACAUGGAUGCCGAGCGCGCAGAUGUCUUGGCGCAAGAGUUGGCUGAAUUUGAAAACCUGCAUCAGAAGGAAAUCGCUCGACUGGAGGCAGAGAUUGAACAACGGGAACAAGAAUGCUUGGUAUUGGAGGAUGAAGUAGACAAGGUUGUGGCCCACGCAGAAGAACUGGAAAGGCAAAAUCAGGAACGAAAUGAACAGAUCCGUAGGCUAGAGAGGAAAUUGAGAUCAGCAUCACGUCUCAGUCAUCGUAGCGACGAUUCAAAUACGGAACUUCACAGACUAGAAGUCGAAAUACAAAUGCGUGACGAGAAAAUUCAGCAAUACGAAGAACAGCUUGAUGCAAGCGCCCAGUUGCACAAAGAACUUGAACGGAAGAAUGCACAGAUUAUCAAGUACGAACGGCAGCUCCAGGAAGCUGUGCAUGCUUCUGAAAUGCAUCAGAAUAAUCUCGCCAGUUUGGAAGAGCAAUUUGCAGAAAUGGAGGCUGCUUUAGUACAGAAAGAUGAACGUAUCCGCGAUUGCGAGAAUAGAGUUUGCGAGGCCUUGGAAGAUGCCGAAAAUGCUAAGCAUCGGUACGAAGAAGAUCUUCAAACUCUGGAAGCAGAAUUUCAGGAGGUCGAGCAAAUCAUUCGGGAAAGAGAUGUUCGCAUUGCAUCACUUGAAGACCACCUGGAAGCUCAGACAGACGCGAUGCAGCGUGAAAAGGAUAUCUACGAAGAGGAUAUGCGAGAAUUGGAGAAUAAAUAUCGAAUGGCAGCCGAACUUAUCCAAGAAAAAGAUAAUCUCCUUGCGGACAUGGAGGGAAGAUCGGCAACCGAUGGUGCAUACUUGAAACUUAAAGAGGUAAGGCGGAAAAGAAAAAAUAGUUUAAGGAUAAGGCUCUCAGACAUCCCGUUGCCAUUUGAUUUUCGAACUGACGCCAUGCUUCUUUAGAGAGUACACGAGUUAUACUCAGAAGUGGAAGAAGGUCGUAUACGUAUUGACGAACUCCAGCAGCUGCUUCGUAAUGCGGAAGAGAAACUGAAACGGACGCGUCGAUCCUCGAACGAAAAAAUGCAUGAACUGAAACAAGCUCGGCGGACAUUGGAAGAACAGCUGGAAAACGCACAGAACAGGAUACGGCUCAUGAGCGAGUUACUCGACCAACACCGAAGGAUGUCCGAUGUAAGUACCGUCAUUGA